AUGCUCACUACCACAGUUUGCUGCUUGUGCUCGUGCUGGUGUGUCCUACUUCUAUUGAGCAUUUCCUACUUACUGUUUGCUGCUUGUGCUUGUGUUUCCCCUCCUCUCCUCCUCCUCCUCCUCCUCCUCCUCCUCCCUCCUCCUCUCCUCCUCCUCCUCCUCCUCCUCUUGUUCCUCCUCCUCCUCCUGUUCCUCCUCCUCCUCCUUUCCUCCUCCUCCUCCUCCUCCUCCUCCUCCUCCUCCUCCUCCUCCUCCUCCUCCUCCUCCUCCUCCUCCUCCUCCUCCUCCUCCUCCUCCUCCUCCUCCUCCUCCUCCUCUUGCUCCUCCUGCUCCUCCUGCUCCUCUCCUCCUCCUCCUCCCUCCUCCUCCUCCUCCUCCUCCUCCUCCUCCUCCUCCUCCUCCUCCUCCUCCUCCUCGUCAUCGUCCUCGUCCUCGUCCUCCACGUCCUCCUCGUCCUCGUCCUCAUCCUCCUUGUCGUCCUCGUCGUCGCCCUCCUCCUCGUCCGCCCCUGCUCCUCCUCCUCGUCGUCGUCGUCCUCCUCCUCCUCCUUGCCCUCCUCGUCGUCCUCGUCGUCGUAUCGAUUAUCACUGCGUUUCUUCUCACCUUGUUCGUUCCACCCUUGCUCGUUCCGCACUUGCUCGUUCCACCCUUGCUCGUUCCGCCCUUGCUCGUUCCCCACUUGCUCGUUCCACCCUUGCUCGUUCCGCACUUGCUCGUUCCACCCUUGCUCGUUCCCCACUUGCUCGUUCCGCCCUUGCUCGUUCCGCACUUGCUCGUUCCGCCCUUGCUCGUUCCGCACUUGCUCGUUCCACUUCCGUCAUUCUGCCCUUGUUCGUUCCUCCGCCCUUUCUCCUCGUUCCGCCCUCCCCCUCGUUGCGCCCUUCCUCCUUGUUGCGCCCUUCCUCCUCGUUGCGCCUUCCUCCUCGUUGCGCCCUUCCUCUCGUUCCGCCCUCCUCCUCGUUCCGCCCUCCGCCAGCCCCUAUGCUAAAACCUCUCCUUCCCUCCGUUCACCUCCUCUCCUCGAAAGCCUGGUUACUGUUCCCGCUGCCCGGUUACAGUUCAUGCCGCCCGUCACUGUUCAUGCCGCCCGUCACUGUUCAUGCCGGCCCGUCACUGUUGAUGCCGCCCGUCACUGGUCGUGCCGCCCGUCACUGGUCGUACCGCCCGUCACUGGUCGUGCCGCCCGUCACUGGUCGUGCCGCCCGUCACUGUCGUGCCGCCCGUCACUGGUCGUGCCGCCCGUCACUGGUCGUGCCGCCCGUCACUGGUCGUGCCGCCCGUCACUGUUCGUGGCCCGCCCGUCACUGCUCGUGCCGCCCGUCACUGCUCGUGCCGCCCGUCUCUGCUCGUGCCGCCCGUCUCUGCUCGUGCCGCCCGUACACUGCUCGUAUGCCGCCCGGUCACUGCUCAUGCCGCCCGGUCACUGCUCCUGCCGCCCGUCACUGCUCCUGCCGCCCCACAGUGACGGUGCGCAGCUGGCACGGUGCGGCGAGGCUAAGGGCGAAGCCAGUUGAGGCACGAGGUGAGAGCAACGUCCCCCACUCUCCCUGGCCCCCUUCUCCUAUGCUCUCACUCUCCUGCCCCCUUCUCCUAUGCUCUCACUCUCCUGGCCCCCUUACUCCUAUGCUCUCACUCUCCUGGCCCCCUUCUCCUAUGCUCUCACUCUCCUGGCCCCCUUCUCCUAUGCUCUCACUCUCCUGGCCCCCCUUCUCCUAUGCUCUCACUCUCCUGGCCCCCUUCUCCUAUGCUCUCACUCUCCUGGCCCCUUUCUCCUAUGCUCUCACUCUCCUGGCCCCCUUCUCCUAUGCUCUUGCUCUGCACUCGUCGUUCCCUUGCUCUGCACUCGUCGUUCCCUUGCUCUGCACUCGUUGUUCCCUUGCUCUGCACUCCUCCUCACCCCCCUGUUUUCCCAUCCCCCACUGUUCAUCCUAUUGCUUCCCCAUCCCGCACUGCUCACCCACUGUUUCCCCAUCCCGCACUGUUCACCCCACUGGUUCCCAUCCUGCACUGUUCACUCUCCGCUCUGGUCUGGAUGAGGCUCGGAGAGCCAUGCUGUCACACCUGCCAUCCUGCCACCCCUCCCCACCCGCCUUGCGCAGGUGGCCUUCUCUCCGCUGCAGGGCGCCGUGA